CAGCAGAGGAGUGGCACUUUGAUAUGGGUGUGAUUUUGUUUGGUCAGGAUGAAUACACCAUGCUAUGACUUUAGGUUUGUAGAGGUCUUCCUCGAAGGAUCAGAUCGUCUAUCAGAUAAGUUUGCAGCAAGAUCGCUGAUAAAAGCUGGCACGCAAUGAGUCCUGCUGCAGCCGUGUCAGGAUGCAGAAAGCAUCUCUUUGGUCUUGUAGGAUCCAUGUUCCUCAUCGUGUUGUUCUUUUACCAGUGGAACACGUCUGAAGAGAGGAGAGCAGAGAGGAUCUACCAGAAGCAGGAAGUGAGAAAGCAGCUGCUGAGAGACACGUGUGACAGAGACAAAGCUGCGUUUCCUGAAGAGAAGCAGGGUUGGGAAGACUUAAGUGACAGGGAGCUUAAUAACCUUUUGGUGGACGACGAUAAUGGCUUCAUCUUCUGUUACAUUCCAAAGGUGGCAUGUUCCAACUGGAGAAGAGUUAUGCAUGUCCUGAGAAGGGGUGAACCAUAUCAAGACCCCCUUUCAAUACCUCAAGGGUUGGUUCACAGUAUAAUCCCUCUUCUCACCAGCUUCCCAAGAGCAGAGAUGAAGGCAAAGAUGAAGCACUACACCAAGUUCAUCUUUGUCCGGGACCCGUUUGUGCGUCUCAUCUCAGCAUACCGGAAUAAAUUCGGAACUGUAAACGAGCCGUUCUACCAAUCCUACGCUAGGAAGAUGAUGCGUGUCUAUGGCAACCGCACAAAUCUGCCGAAGACGGCGGCUGAGGCCUUUUCGUCUGGCCUGCGCCCUUCAUUUUCCAACUUUAUCCAGUAUCUGGUGGACCCCACUACAGAUAAGAGGUGGUAUGAACCCCACUGGAGGCAGUUUCACCGCCUGUGCCACCCCUGCGCCAUAAAAUAUGAUUUUGUAGGACAUCAAGAGUCUCUUGAAGAUGAUGCCAUGCAGCUACUGACUCUCAUAAAGCUGGGGGACACCAUCAAAUUCCCUUCUUUCUAUCAAAACGUGACGACCCAUGACUUUGUGCGUGGCUGGUUUAGAGACGUGCCCCUGGAGGACAGAAGGACGCUGUACAAUAUCUAUCAAGAGGACUUCAAACUCUUUGGCUACAGUAUACCUGAGGAAUUGCUUAAUGGUUGA